UCGUUCGAGUUUUCGUUUACAGAUUCGAUACAGCUGUUGCUGUGUUGUUUUCUGGGGUUAAAAGCUAUGAACGAAGACGAAGGAAUUGAUUUUCGGAGACUAGAAAGGGAGCUAGCUUUAGCUGUUGAAACGGAUGCGAAGUAUGAUCGCGAAAAUAGUGCAAAAUUCCGUGCUGUCGAGCAGCGUGUUGGGAGUUACGAGGAGUUUCGGGAUAUUGUCAGUGCUGCACAUUUGAAGCCUUUGGAGCGAAAAGAUAUAACAGGUUGGCUAAAACUUAUUUAAUGAAAUUCGCCACCACUAUGUUUAGAAUAAAGAAUCUUAUAAAUCUAAGUUUUGAUGGUAAUUUAGGGCCGAACGACCUUUUAGUGAGGUCUCAUACGUGAACAGGCCCCCCCUUUACACAUCUGCCACAAAGGUAAACCACUUAAUAUUAUAAUUAUUAAGACUUGUUGAAAUCCUUAAAGAGGGUUCAGUAGGGAGUUUUAUAAGAGUUUGUUUUUGCUUUUACAGGGGAACAGACCCGUAAACAACCCUGGAAUCCACAUGCUCAAGGAAAUUCACAGACAACACCUGUUCAUUCUGAUGUAUCUCUGCCUACUACUAUGAAAACACCUCAAAGUGCUCAUGAAUUUUCAAAAGUAUGGAGGCGUCAGUGCAAGACAGAGAAGGAAAAAUAUGAACUCUUGUUGAAAAUUGGUGGCCAGGAACUUGGGAGAAUUUUUAAGGCAGAGAUAAGCAUGGGAUUUUUGGGAGAGUUUCUCUCAAGUUUGCUAAACUAUUUAAACGUUAAUGAUGCAAAGGCAGUUUGUGAUAUUCUCUUGCAAUUGUCAAAAACAAACAGGUUUGAUCUUUCUCUGAAAUUCCUUGGAGAGGAGGAAAGAAAGAUCACUUCAGAACUUAUUAAAAGACUGGAAGAGGUUAAUUUGGAAGAUGACAGUGGAAACAAAGGCAAAGUGACAAAGAAUGUUGAGAUUUUACAGGAACUUAGAAAAAUUUAUGGCGUCCCUGCUGAGAUAGCAAGCUGA